ACCAGCUCCCAGGCUCACGCUCUUCUGUGCUCCAUAUUCUGCUCAUCAUGAAGUUCGUUGUGUUGAUGGCGUGUUGUGUGGUGUGUGUGGUGGGCCGACCACGCCCUCAUGAUGACCACGAAGUUGAUUACGUUCCCAUUCUUCUCGACGAGAGGACUCCCAUUGACGAACUUGGAGGAUAUGGCUUCAAGAUCCAAACAGGAGACGGGUUGACCUGGGCUGAGACAGCAUCACCCAGCGGAGACGACAACGAGAUCGUCCGCGUUGGUCAGUACAGGUUCACUCACCCUGACGGGACACCCCACCUGUUGACCUACACCGCUGGGAAGUUUGGCUUCCGGCCUGUCUCUGACCACCUGCCCACACCCCAUCCUCUCGAGCCAUGGCACAUUGAACAGAUUGAGUUCGCUAAACGUCAGAAGGAAGCAGAAGAGAGUGAGGAAGCGUGAGCCAGUGUUGUCGUCAGGUGUUAUUUACGAUUUUGUUAUGUUAUGUUACCUUUACAUCGAUUGUUGAUAUUUUA